AUGGGUGCCUACAAGUACGUCGCCGAAUUGGCGAGACAAAAGCAAUCCGAUGUCAUGAGAUUCUUGUACAGAAUCAGAUGCUGGGAAUACAGACAAAAGAACGUCAUCCACCGUGCCUCGAGACCCUCGAGACCCGACAAGGCUAGAAGACUCGGUUACAAGGCCAAGCAAGGUUUCGUCAUCUACAGAAUCAGAGUCAGAAGAGGUGGCAGAAAGAGACCCGUCCCUAAGGGUGCCACUUACGGUAAGCCCACCAACCAGGGUGUCAACCACUUGAAGUACCAAAGAUCGCUCCGCUCGACCGCUGAAGAAAGAGUCGGCAGAAGAUGCGGUAACUUGAGAGUGUUGAACUCGUACUGGGUUAACCAAGACUCGACCUACAAGUACUUCGAAGUCAUCCUCGUCGACCCCUCGCACAAGGCCAUCAGAAGAGACCCCAAGAUUAACUGGAUCGUCAACGCCGUCCACAAGAGAAGAGAAGCCAGAGGCCUCACCUCGACCGGCAAGAAGUCGAGAGGUAUCAACAAGGGUCACUUGUACAACAACACCAGAGCUGGCAAGAACAAGACCUGGAAGAAGCACAACACCCUCAAGUUGUGGAGAUACAGAAAGUAA